UGGAGGGGGUGGAGGACAUCAAGAUGUUGUCCAGCGGCUCAGUAACGGUUAGGGCCUCUUCUCUUUUGCGGCCUUUCUUUCGUUGUCGGUCCUUUGCAACCAUGAAGCCUUCUGUUUACGUCACGAGACCUGAUGUGCCCAGUGUCGGAAUCGAUCUUCUCAAGGAAAAAUGCAAUGUGGAAAUGUGGUCAGAAUGUAAGGCGCCACCUUACGACGAACUAAUCAAAAGUGUAGCAGGAAAGAACGCCCUUUUUUGUAACAUAGCAGACAAGGUUGACAAGAAUGUACUUGAUGCUGCUGGCUCAUCUUUGAAAGUAAUUGCCACAAUGUCAGUUGGUUUCGAGCACAUUGAUGUCGCUGAAGCCAAAAAGCGGGGAAUUAAAGUAGGCUAUACUCCUGAUGUGUUGACAUACGCUGUGGCGGAGCUUACUGUUGGUAUUCUUUUGGCUACAUCGAGGAGGCUAUUUGAGGCGCAUAGAGAAAUUUUCAAUGGUGGAUGGACAUCAUGGUCUCCAUCCUGGAUGUGCGGUCCAAGCAUUCGGGGUAAAACUGUUGGCAUUGUUGGCUUUGGAAGGAUUGGUCAAGAAACUGCUCGCUUGCUCAAAGGAUUUGGAGUGAAACAGUUUCUGUACUCUGGCCGUAAGGACCACCCUGAGGCUUCAGAUAUAGGAGCUGUUCGAAUGCCAGUUGAAGAGAUGCUACCCAAAUGUGAUUUUAUAAUCUGUGCUCUUGCUAUGAGCCCUGAAACUAAACAUUAUUUUAAUGAGAGGCUAUUUAACUUAAUGAAGCCAUCAGCUAUUUUUGUAAACACAAGUAGAGGAGGAGUGGUUGAUCAAGAUGCACUUAUCGAGGCAUUGGAAAAGGGAAAAAUACGAGGUGCAGGCUUGGAUGUGAUGACUCCUGAGCCUAUUCCACCGGAUCACCGUCUCCUAAAACUUCCUAACUGUGUUGUGAUCCCACACAUUGGCAGUGCAGGUAUUGAAUCUCGCAAUGAUAUGGCAGAACUAACAGCAAGGAAUAUUUUAAAUGCCCUGGAUGGUAAGCCUAUGCCUGCAGAGCUGUAAAGGUGCCUUAUCAGUGAUGUUAAAGAUACAAUAAUUGCAGAAAAAUAUGUUCACACUAGACAUAUUUAUAUCAAAUUUUAUUUUUCUAUACUUGGGUUUGUUUUGUUCUACUAGUUGUGAUCUUCCAUCAUACAUUUUAUUUUCAUAGAAUAGAAAUGUUUGUAUUUUUUUAUUAACAGAAUAUUGCUUUAUGGUCUGAAAUAGAGCCCCUGUUAGCUCAUAAAUAAAUGUUUUGAUAGUGAUAGCACUUUCAAUACAAAAAAAACCUAUGUUAGCGAAUUUUAAAAGCAAGUGUGGAUGCGGUAGCAACUUUUAUAAACCCGAUUGUUUACGUGACAGAAAAUAAUGAAAAGUAAUUGGUGCUUAGCAGACUACAUAAAAUCAUGAACAGCCGUAAAUGAUACAUUGCACAGUUUAUUCAUUAUGACAAAAACGGGAAAAUAACAAACAUAAACUAUAUAUUAAAAAACAAAGAUUUCUGAAAUCUAAAUUAUAAUAGCUGUAUUUACAAAACUGUUUGUUAGACCUAAAGGCUAUUGGCUCACAUAGAACUUAUGUUUUUUCUGUACAUGGCACUAAUGAUAACAAAUAUUGACCUAGUAAAUCUGUGUGACAACUGUGAA